AUGGUCGAACGCAUCACGGACCACCCGCUGCUCCACGACGAGCGCCUCGUGAGCCUCGGCCUCGCCUACGCGACUUCUGGCGUCGACAUCCACGCCUGGGCGCGCGACCGCGGGGGCGGAGCCCCUUCCGCAAGGAAAAACGGCCGCCGCGUGUCGUUCAACGACAAGUCGCUCGUCAGCGUGCGCGAGAUCGAGGCUCGCGAGGAGCCGCCGGAGCCGGAGAUAAAGGCGAUACCGAAGGGGACGUCGAAGGUCCGGCACAGCGCGCUCAGCCUCUUCGUCGCCGACCGCAUCGAUGCAUCGCUCGGCGGCUCGGAGCGCGCGGCGGCGACGAAGCGCCUCGCGAAGGAAUUCGCGCUGCUGCGACGGAAGGACAAGGCGGCGGCGGACGCGCUCGCGGCGCGCGCGAAGGCGCUGAACGACGCGCUUCCUAGCGAUGGGUAAGUAGGUCCGUAAAGCUAGUGUCUUACGCCCGCUAUAGCCACACACCUCGUGUUUUUGGUCGCCACGACAGCCUUGAAGGGAGACCAAACAACAGCAGCGAGCUGCAAUAGCAAGCUCCAAUAGCACCAUCUCGCAAACCCAGGCUCAGUCGCAUAAAUAGCUCUCCAUAUCACCAGACAACUCAAAGGCAGGACCACCGCAUCUACCAUGGUAGCAGCGCAAAAGCACCAGGCCGCCAUCCAGCAACUCGGUGUUACGCAUUUAUUCGCUUGCGCGUUGUUGUUGAUAUUCGUCAUCGCGGCGUCGCACGCGUUAAGGUUGGACCUCGCCGGCAGAAUCGUCGUCUCCGCGUCGCGGUGCGCGGUCCAGCUCCUUAUCCUCUGCGCGUUCGUGCUCGAGCCGCUCUUCGGCCGCAACGACCCGAGACUCAUCGUCGCCUACCUCUCGUUAAUAGUCGCCCUCGCGGCGAAGGAGGCGUCGUCGCGCCUGAAGUACGGCUACGCGGGCCUGCGGCUCCACUUCGCCGCCGCGUUCGCGUGCGGCGCGGGCACGGUGAUCCUCUACGCGGCGGUGUUCGUCCUCGCGCUGAGCCCGCCGUGGGACGCCAAGUACGUCGUGCCCGUGUCGGGCAUGGUCGUGGGCAAUGUGCUCACGGCGACGGCGCUGGGCUGCGGCGCGUUCCUCACGGACGUCGCGGAGCGCGCGGACGUCGUCGAGCUCGCGCUCGCCCGCGGCGCGACGUGGCGCGAGGCGGCACUGCCGUCCUUGCGCUCGGCGACGACGGCCGCGCUGACGCCGACGCUGAACAGCAUGGCCGUCAUGGGGCUCGUGAUGAUGCCGGGCAUGAUGACGGGCCAGAUGCUGGGGGGCCAGCCGCCCGUCGUCGCCGGCUGCUACCAGGUCAUGAUCAUGUACUUGGUCUGCGCGGCGUCGUGCCUCACGACGCUGGUGUUGUUAGGGUUGGCGUCGACGGCGGCGUUCGACACGGCGCGGCACGCGCUCCGCCGCGGCGCGCUGGCGCCGCGGCCGCCGGCGCAGCGCCGCGACAUACUCGUCUCCUUCCUUCUAUUCCUGCGGGACGCGGCGGUACGAAGCGUCGCCCUUCUCAGGGCGUCCUUCGCGGGCCGGGCCUACGCGCCGAUCGCCGACGACGUCGUGGCGAAGGACGAACCCCAACCGCGCGCGUACGCCGUGAGCGUCGUGCGCGGGACCGCGUCGACCGGCGAGGUCCUCUUAAAGGCGGAAAACGUGGUCGUCGCCCUCACGAACCUGACGUGCUCGCUCGAGCUGCGGCGGGGCGGCCGCACGGCCCUGACCGGCGAGACCGGCGCCGGCAAGACGCAGCUGCUGAAGACGCUGGCGAAGCUCGUGCCCGCGACGGGCGGCCGCCUCGCGGGCUUCGACGGACCACCGCCGGCCUACCGCGCGCGCGUGGCGUUCGUCAGCCAGGACCGGCCCACCGUCGCCGGCAGCCCGCGCGACCACCUGGACCAGGUGCUGGCCUUCGGCGCGCAGCGGCACCGCGACCCGGUCCAGGUGCGGUCCUCGAUCGAGAGCUACGCGGAGAGCUGGCGGCUCCCCACGGAGAAGCUCGGCGCGCCCUGGGCGUCGCUUUCGGGCGGCGAAGCCCAACGGGCGAACCUGGCGAUCGCGCUCGCGCUCGCGCCGGACGUUUUGCUCCUAGACGAGCCGACGAGCGCCUGCGACGCGGCGACGACGGCCCUCGUCGAAGCGUCCCUGUCGGCGUUCCCCGGCGCGCUCGUCGUCGUGACGCAUAGCCAGGAGCAGGCGAGACGGCUCGGGUCGGUGCAUCUGCAUCUUUCCGCGGUUGACGGUGGGGAGGCUUAAGUUUAUCUGUGCAUGAA